UACUCCUCCUCCUUCUUCCGCUCCUCCUUGUCCUCCUCCUUCUUCUCAUCCUCCUCAUCCUCCUCAUCCUCCUCCUUCUUCUUCCUCUCCUUCUCUUCCUCCUUCUUUUUCUCCUCCUCCUCCUUCUUCUCCUCCUCCUCCUCCUUGUCCUCCUCCUCCUCAUCCUCCUCCUCCUCCUCCUUCUUCUCCUUCUUCUCUUCCUCCUCCUCCUUCUUCCUCUCCUCCUUGUCCUUAUCCUUCUUCUCCUCCUCCUCCUUCUUCUUCCUCUCCUCCUUGUCCUCCUUCUCCUCCUCCUCCUUCUUCUUCCUCUCCUCCUUGUCCUCCUCCUCCUUCUCUUCCUCCUCCUUCUUCCUCUCCUCCUUGUCCUCCUCCUCCUUCUUCCUCUCGUCCUUGUCCUCCUCCUUCUACUCCUCCUCCUCCUUCUCCUCUUCAUCCCUCUCCUUCUUCUCUUCCUCCUCCUCCUUUUUCCUCUCCUCCUUGUCCUCCUCCUCCUCCUCCUCCUUCUUCCUCUCCUUGUUGUCUUCCGUGUCUCCUUACACAGACGUCUCUCAGCUCAUGCUUAUGAAUGAGUAA